AGCCAUAAAGCCACAGAGUAUGGCUGCGUACCGUUUCACGGAAUGACUUUGUCGGUGAAAAUGAGUAAUUAUUUAAUAUUCAAGUGAAUAAUUAUCAUUUUAAACAUUUCAUUUAGCAUGGAAUUGGGCUUAUCGAACACACUAUUAGCAGGUGAUCCACGGUUAGUGGAUCACAUUGUAGGAGAAGUUAAAUCUCAAGGAAUCUUUGAUCAGUUUCGUAAAGAAUGUAUCGCUGAUGUUGAUACAAAGCCAGCAUAUCAAAAUUUACGUACAAGAGUCGAAGGAUCCGUGAAUUCUUUCCUUAGCAAGCAGCCAUGGAAACCAGAUUUAAACAAAAAUCAGUUGAGGGAAACCUUGCGAAAACAUAUACACGAAGCUCCUUAUCUGGAUGCCGGUGUAGAACGUAUAGUGGAUCAAGUUGUAAAUCCAAAAGUAUAUUCUGUCUUCAUGCCUCAAAUUGAAGAUGUAGUAUACAAGUUUUUAGGUAUAGAAAGACCUAAGGCAAAAGAAAAAAAUGGUGCUUGUGGCCUUAAAGAUUUAUUACCUAAGGAUUUAGAUCCUGUUUCACCAGAGUCUGACAAAAAUAGUUUAAAAGAUGUAUCUUUGGAAUCAGUGGACGCGAUAGAGAAUUUAGAUACGAGAAAAGAUGACAAAUUAUUUAAUGAACAAAAAUCACAGGAAGAAGAUGUUUUCAAUGAAAAAACUAAGGAUAACAUCUCGGAAAACGGGCAAAUUUUUUCGGAAGAAAAAGUAUUAGAUGAAAACGAUAAAACUUUUAAUAAGACUGGUAGUAAUUUAAAUUUAAAUACGUCUGGAAAAUCAGAUGAUAAAACGGAAGAUGAUGAAGAGGAUAGUCCUACUUUUGAACCAAUUGAUAUUAUGAAUUUAAAUGAAUCCAAUAUUUCCAAUGAUUCACAUUUAUCAGGAAUAUCAGAAUUAACUAGCCAUAGAUCAAGAAGUCCUGAUUUUUGUAACGAAUUAUCGAGGGAUAAUUUUGAUUACAGUAAUCAAGAUUCGCAGUUAAGCAAAGUUUCUUCUGAUUCUCGAUUAUCUAUUGUAACAGAUUUCGGAUCUUCGAAUCAUGCAUCGACACCAAUUAAUGAUUCGUUAAAAGAUGAAGUCAAUAAAGAUAAAUGUGAUGUUAGAAAUAUUAAAGACAAUUUUAAAGCUGUCAGAGAAUAUGAAUCCAGUAAAAGUAAAAGUAACAAAAAUAUUUUUGAAUUAAAUAAAAAUAAAGAUGCGCAAGAUAUUAAAGAUUCUAAAAAUAAUAAAAACAAUUUAUCGUCUAAAGAAAACUCGCGUGAUGCAACGGAUAGUAGUAUAAAAGACAAAUAUGAACAUAAAAAUAACAAAGAUAAAAAUAAGGAUAGUGAAUCUAAAUCAAAACCCAAAGAUAAAAAUCACAUAAAAGAUGAAAAGCAUCAUAAAGAUAAGAGUAGCAGCAAAAAGCAUAGAAGCCACAGUAGCUCAAAAUAUGAUAAAUAUGAUAAAAACAAAUCUAAAGACAAAAGUGAUCAACCCAAGGAGAAUGCGGAUAAGAUUAAAGAUACAGAGAAAGAUAAUUGUGCUGCAGUAAAGGAAGACAAGAUAAAAGAAACAGAUAAGAAAGAUAAUAUUAAUAAGGAAGGGAAGGAUCUAAAAGAUCUGUACAAAGAAAAAAUUAGGGAACUUAGAGAAAAGAAGGAACUAACAGAAAAAGAAAAAUUAAAUAAAGAUAACAAAGAAACAAAAUCAAAUAAAGAAAAUAAAGAUAGAAAAGAUUCUCCAAAAGAUAAGAAAUCUUAUAAAAAAGAUCAUAAAAGUUCUUCCAAAAAUUCUUCAAGUUCUCACGACAUUAAAAUAGCGAAAACAUCUGAAAAAGUUAUCGAUGGGAAAGAGAAAAAGAGUGAAUCAAAGGAUAAAGAUAAAAAUAAGCGUGACGAAAGACGUAGUUCUAAAGAUCAUGUCAAAUCUAAAAACCACGUUAGUACUAAAUCAGAUUCUGAAAAAUUAGAUAAACAGGAUAUAAAGAAAAUUAUUAAAAAUGAGAAGGAUGAAAAAAUUGAAAAAUCUGAGGUAAAAAAAGAUACUAAAUUAAAUAGUGAAAAAGUAAAUUGUAAAAAAGAUGCAAAAAAUUACGCGCAAAACAAAAAGUUAGAUAGCAAAAAGGAAGUUAAAAAUGAUGCACAGGAAAAGGAUAAAAAGCGGAAAGAAGAGAAAAAGUCUAAGUCAAAGGAUGAUCAUUCAAGUUUAAGAAGAAAUUCUAAUGAUCGACGUUCUACAGAUAGAGAUGGUUCGAAUGGUUCAAGUAGUAAAAGCUCACAAGCUAGCAAUGCAAGUUCUAACAUUACAAAUAAUAAGUCUAAUACAUCUACUUUUUCCAAAGAAACAAAUCAUGUGAGUAAUUCUGGUAGCGAAAUAUCGGACAGUAUCGACGAAGUAUAUACAAACGAAUCAAAGUUAUCGCCAGAACAGUCGAAUUACAAAUUGGACAAAGGAACAGAACACACGGAGUACAAAACAGAUGAUAGUAGUAAUUAUGAAGUACAUAUUAAACAGGAACCAGAAUUGAAUGAUGGUAACUUACCUUUAAAGAAACGAGCGUUAUUUGGAGAAGAUAACAGCACUUUAGGAGAAGUGAAAGUGAAAAAACCAAAAUUUGCCAAAAAUUUUCAUGAAGCUAAGAAGCUAAUGAAAAUUAGGAAACAAAUAGAAAAACAGAAACUUAAAGAACAUAAAAAAUUAGAAAAGAAACUUCAACAGAAAAUACAAUCGGCACAAUCAAAUACGAUGAAUAAUGAUAAUUUUGAAAGUAUGCCGGACGAAGAACGUGUUCAAAUAAUAGAGGUAGCAGAUGAUGAAUAUGAUGAGCCAUACCCUGAAAAACAAACUGAUUUGACAUUAGAAGAAAGAUCAAUUAUGAUGUUACAAACAGAAGCAGGUACAAAAGAUUUGUUAGAAACACGCUCUGAUUUAAAAUUGAAAUUAUCAGACAUGGAAUUGUGUAUAAGGCAAUCCUUGAGUGAAGCGCUUCCCAAUAAAAAACUAGAAAAUGUAUCUUCGCAACAAACAGCACUUUCUGAUGAUAAAAGAAAUGAAGAAUUACUAAAUAAAGAGUCAUUGUCUUCUACGAUAAUAGGAACAAUAAAGGAAGAAGAAAUAGAUGACUCUGAAAAAAUAUAUUCUGAUAAAGAAAUAAAGCAAGAAAUUAAUAUUUUUAAAUCAGAAGACAAAUUAAAGUCUGAAGAAUCAGACUCUUUGGACAUUGGUGGCGAUAAACAUAAAAAAAAUGAAAUAUCAGAACAAUUAACAAAAAUUGAUAAGAAUAUAGAAAUACCAACAACAUCAAAAUGUAAGGACGAUGACGUUUCUCAGGAUGCUCAAAGUAAUAGUUUUUCUAAUUUAAAUGAAUCAGAUUGUACAAUGAGGAUUAAGAAAGAACCUUGUGAUGUGGAGUCUACAUCAACGGUAGUUGAUGAUAACGAGGAAUGUCGUUAUUUCAAAGCUGAUAAUGAAAAAUCGGAAAAAUUCUCUAGUUUUCUAGAAUCACUGGAAUUAGUAAAGAAUAGUUCCUUAGAGGAUAUUAUAGAAAGUUUAGGAGGGCAAGUUGUAUCUUCAAUGCCAAAAACAAUGGCACCACCUUUACCGAAACGCAAACACUCGUCUAGCCCGUUAACAGAUAUAUUGUUAAAUAAUUCAAAUAAUAAUAAUGAUGGUCAUAACAAAGCAUUGAAUUUGCCUGGCGAAGAUGCGUUAAAUAAUGUAAAGAAAAGGAAACUUGUUGUUCAAAAGAAGCAAAGGCUUCAGUCAAAUGUAUGUGCUCCGCAGGGAUUUUUAAAUGGAGAAAAUUUUGUUAUGCCUCUAAGUCCAGAAAGUGAUGUGUCUGCAACUAGCGAAAAAAUACCAUCAUCAAAUUUAAUUAAAGAAGACAAAGGCCGGCAUAGAAGCAGUCAACGUUACUCAAGUGAUGACUUAUACAAACCACGUCCAUUAUUUUCAAGUUCUUCUCGCAGAAGUAGGAGAUCUAAUCAGGUAUAGCUAGUAGCUCGUACUUUCAGAUGUUAAAUUACCUUUUACUUUAUGUAAUACAAAAACGAAUCCGGGUUGUUAAUUCUAGUAACACAUUCUACAUUCUACUUGGAUCAAAUAUUUUUGAAUUUUAAUUAAUACAAAUACUAGUGCGACCAAACAAAAUCUGUAUACAAUAUAGUAUCUUUAAAGCUUAUUCUAAAUUGUAUUAUAUGCAGAAAAGUUCAAAUUAAUGUCUUUAAAACCAUUUAAAAUAAUUGUAUUAGAAAAGUUGAAAAAAAUUGAAAUGGGUUGACGUUCUUUACAUUUAUUAUGAAUUUUAGAAAGGAAAUUUUCAUUACACUUAAUGAAAAAAUUCUAACUAUUUUAAACAAUUAUUGUCAAAUUAUAUAACUUGAACAAUAGUUGUUUAUGUAGAAAUAUCGAAUCCGAUGCAGUAUUAAGAAAUACGCACUUAAGAAAUAUUUUUAAAUAAAUGCAAAAGAUUUUUAAAGAUACUUAUUUCAAAAAUACCAUACUGCAGUACUUUGAAACUUUUUAAAAAAAUGUGAAAAAUGAUAAGUAUAUAUACACAUUAAAGUAAAUUGUACAGUUAUUAAAUUUCAUUAAAAUCCAUUGUAAAAUUUUAUAUUUAGAAGGGCAUGUAUAAAAUUUCUGUGAAUAAUAUAUUUUUAAUUUACAUUUAAAAUUACAUUGAACACUACAUAUUUAUGUAGUUCUUAUUUAUUAAAAGAAGAGUGAAAGAUAAUAUUUUUUCACAUUACUUGUAUUAAUCUUUUUGUAUAAAACCAAUUAUAAACAGUACACUGGUCUGCAAUUAAUACUGUGCAAUUUUCAUGAAAAUAUAUUGUACACAGUAUACUGAAAGGUAUGAAAUAUAUUUGUAGGAUCACAAAUUAGAGAGAUAUUAUUUAAAUUAACUACAUUACUUGUAUCUUAGAAUAAGUUUUUAUAUUGUAUAUGUAGCUGCAGGAAUGUUUUCUUAUUUUUAUUAAUUCUCUCUUGAUUCUUAUUCUUUUCUAAAGCUAGCAAGUUACUGGAAAAUAUGUGUGAGAAUAUAAGCCUGAUAAGAUUAACCUGCAAGAAAUCAUUAUAUUUGAACAGUUAUUGUACAUUAUGAUAGUGUAUGAAUAAUUUCUUAGAACUAACAAUAUUAUUUCUAUUUCUUGACACGAUGCUAUACUGACGUUUUCUUUUAAAAUGAAAUUUGAGGAGAAAGGUGGAUGUUGAAACCAAUUACUCUGUGAUGUUAAAAGAAAAUAAGCAAUAGCUUCUACAAGUUUCUUUGAAAUAUAAUGAAACAAUAGUAAGAAGAGAAUUGCAAUGCAGAGGAGUCAUUCAUUUUUGCCAUAAUAAUAAUUGCACAUCACGUCACUUUUUACUUAAAUACUUAAAAUUGUAAUAUUACAUUUUUACAAAGAUGUUACAUUUGUUAAUAAGCGUGUUCUUUAUUCUGUACAUGUAUAAGUUUGUAUAAAUAUGUAUAUAAAACAGGAGUACAUUACACUUUAUUACUGUGAAAAUAUUGUAGAAUAUUUUUUCCAACUUUUUAAAAUAUUUAUUGCCAUAUGUAAUAUAGUAAUUAAAAAUUUAUAUAUACUAUAAAACCCAUUAUUAUUAUUAUGAUUGCUUUAAAAUAAAGCGAUUUUUUGUAUACAUGUUAAA